GCAUGCCUAAACGAAGAGGUGAAUAAUUAUAAAAGAACAAAGGAAAUACCGUUUACUUCGGAAUCAAAAUGGAUGGCUGUAGAGUGCGAAAAUGUUAAGAAUGCUGGACGACGUGAACUGUUUGUUAAGGGUGCUCUGGACCGCGUUCUCGAAAUGUGUGUUGGUUAUUUGCGAGAUGGCUUAAAUCCUGUAGCGCUUGAUGAAGCUGCAAAAGAUCGGUUCAUUGAAACGAGCCGGAAACUAGGUUUAAGGGGCUUAAGAGUAAUAGCAUUGGCGUGCGGACAUGAUGAGCGCGAACUGUAUUACGCUGGGAUGGUGGCAAUCGUAGAUCCGCCAAGGCCCGGCGUCGCCGAAAGUGUUGAAAUUGUUCAGUCAGCUGGAGUGAAAGUAAAAAUGGUAACAGGUGAUGCGCUCGAAACGGCGUGCAGUAUUGAAAGGCCCUAG